AUGGAGGCAACAAUUGGCAAUGUUGCCGUGAUCCGGGAUCGUGAAUUGCUGAAGCUCGAGGUCGAUGCAAUUUUUGGGCUAUCAUCUCACCAGGCAGAGAACCCACAAACACCUCCAAAUCUAAACUGUGACGACCUGCACGCAGUAGUUAUUUGGUCUGAGCAUGCGCAUUUUGUGGCAGGCAGCCCGGCACUUUCCUCUGACCACAGACAUAUCCUGAAUGGCGAAGUUUCAACAGAGCCAUUUGCCCCGGGUAUACCACCGAAAGCUAUGAGGCAUCUAGGUGACAUGCUUGGAUUGUCACCACCGACGAUAAGUGGUGGACCUACAUAUGUUGUGCCGAGCAACUUACAUCACCCGACAUCACCAGCCAUUGACGGCUCAUUCCUGUUUGUUAUCUCAUCUGGUUCAGACGAUGGUUCCCUUGUCGCCCAGAAGAAGUUACAGCGACCUCCCGUUUGGGAGCUGGAUGAGUGGAAAGCCCUCACAGAGGGUCGCCUCGGUCCCUGGGCAAUGGCUAUUCAUCGCCCAAGCCAGGCCGUUGAGGAAGAUGGUAUUGCCAGCCUUGAACCAGUUUGCAUUUGCUUCUCGGCAAGGCGUACUACUAAAGCAGCCGAAGCUGGGGUUUGGACCCGAGAAGACCACCGAGGCAGAAGACUAGCCCCGACUGUUGUGGCAACAUGGGCCUCUGAAGAGCGGUUGCAGAAGGAGAUCCUGUUCUACAGCACGAGUAAGGAUAACAUAGCCUCUCAAUCUGUGGCACGACAACUAGGGUUGCGACCGUUGGGGUGGCUAUGGAAACUUCAUGUGUAG